AUGGAUAAGGCUUGGAUGCAUAUUGAUGAUAGAUUGCAUUCCCGUGAGUAUGAAGAAGGUGUUAGACAAUUCCUCGCUAUGGCCGUAGCGCACACUCCAACCACUGAUCAGAUUAGGUGUCCAUGUAGAAGAUGUCGGAAUAGAGCUUUCCAUUCCAUUCGUACUGUCGAAGAUCAUUUAUUCCUUAUAGGGUUUGAUCCAACUUAUCAAUGCUGGAUAUUCCAUGGAGAAGAUGAUCCUUUCCUUUCCACUCCUUUGUCUGAUGAAGAAGCAGAUGACACCUUCGAUUUCAGUGACUAUCCAGAUGAUUUGGACGAGAUGUUAGAUGACAUUCGUCAUGGCUCAUAUAUGGGAAGUCACUGGCAAAGGGACGGAGAUGUGAACAUGGAUGAUCAACCAUCCACCUCUAAUACUCAAACAAACUUUACCUUCGAGGAGUUGGUCGCUGAUGCAAGACGUCCACUUUAUCCUUCAUGUAAGCAGUUCUCCAAGUUGUCAUUCAUCGUGAAGUUGCUUCACAUCAAAAGCAUUGGUAGUUGGACCGUGAAGUCCUUCGACCUGGUCAUAAAGCUUUUGCAAGAGGCAUUUCCGGAAGCUCUAUUCCCUGAUUCAUAUGCCGAUGCUCGUCGCUUGGAGCGUGGCUUGGGGUUUAGUUACGAAAAGAUACAUGUGUGCCCGAAUGAUUGUGCUUUGUUUUGGAAGGAAAAUGCCACCUACAAUGUAUGCCCGAAAUGUCAAGCAUCUAGGUGGGAGCAAAGCACAAGUUCCGCUCGAAGGGUACCGAAAAAAGUUCUCCGAUAUUUUCCGCUGAAGCUGCGGUUGCAGAGACUAUAUAUGUCAAAGAAGACAGCCCAGGCCAUGAGAUGGCAUGUAGAUGGACGUGUUGACGAUCCGACAUGCAUGCGACAUCCAGCAGAUUCAAGGGUUUGGAAGGACUUUGAUAUCAAACAUCAUAUUUUUUCCCAAGAUCCUAGGAAUGUUAGACUUGGUUUGGCCAGUGAUGGGUUUAAUCCUUUCAAUAACAUGAGUAGACCAUACAGCAUUUGGCCCGUAUUGCUUGUACCUUACAACUUGCCCCCAUGGUCAUGCAUGAAAGAUCCAUACACCAUGUUGUCGUUGCUAAUCCCUGGGCCUAAGUCACCAGGUAAUGAUAUUGAUGUAUUCUUGCGUCCUCUGAUCGAUGAGUUGAAAGAGUUAUGGGAAGAUGGUGUUUAUACCUAUGAUGCGUACAGUGGGCAAAACUUUACACUGCAUGCAGCUCUACUUUGGACUAUCAAUGACUUUCCUGCAUACGCCAAUCUUUCCGGGUGGAGCACAAAAGGCAAGAUGGCAUGCCCAUAUUGUACAGCUGACACAAAUUCACAAUGGUUGGUAUAUGGCCGCAAACAUUGCUACAUGGGUCAUCGACGAUGGUUGCCUGUAGGGCACACAUGGAGACGCAAGAAAAAUGCUUUUAAUGGGUUUGAAGAGCACAGACUCCAACCAUCAAGAGUCGAUGGGGAGGAAUUGCUUGAACAACUAAGUCUUUUGUCACAUGUUGAGUUUGGUAAAUCUACUUCGAAGCGGAAACGAACGCCAGAUCAGCUUAAUUGGACAAAAAAAUCUAUAUUUUUUGAACUUCCCUAUUGGUUAUCCUUGGGUUUGAGACAUAAUCUGGAUGUUAUGCAUAUUGAGAAAAACAUAUGCGAUAAUGUCUUGGGAACAUUAUUGAAUAUUGAAGGGAAAACCAAGGAUUCUGCUAAUGCACGUAGGGAUUUGGAAAACCUUGGAAUAAGGAAAGAGUUGCACUUACAAAAUGAGGGCGAUCGUGUAACUAUGGGCCUUGGUUGCUACAUGUUAAAUGGAAAUGAGCGAAAGGCUUUUUGUGCAUGGUUGUCAAAAGUUAAAUUCCCUGAUGGGUUUGCCUCGAAUAUUGGCCGAUGUGUAAAUGCUAGUGACGAAAAGAUCAGUGGAAUGAAGAGCCAUGACUGUCAUGUCUUUUUGCAAGCACUGCUGCCGGUUGUGAUUGGUGGGUUCUUACGGGCCGAUGUGCGUCAAGCAUUGAUAGAGUUGAGUGGGUUCUUCAAAGAGUUAUGUUCCCGGACUUUGAACAUAUCAGUAUUGGAUCGUAUUAAAUCUAAUAUUCCCAUCAUUCUAUGCAAACUAGAAAUGAUAUUCCCUCCAGCUUUUUUCGAUAUAAUGCUGCACCUUUCUAUUCACCUGCCAGAGGAGGCUCUACUAGCAGGACCCGUGCAAUACAGAUGGAUGUAUCCCUUUGAGAGGUAUUUAGGGAAGUUCAAACGUUACGUCCGCAACAGAGCCCGUCCUGAAGGCUCAAUUGCUGAGGCAUAUGUGCAUCUCGAGUGCCUAACAUUUUGCUCAAUGUACCUCCAUGACAUAGAAACGAAAUAUAAUCGAGACGAACGCAAUAGUGAUGUACGUAAUGAGUUGACUGAGACGGGAACUGCAGAAAGUUUAUCUGUUUUCUUACAAAAGGUUAGACCAUUGGGGACACCGCAGUCGCACAUAUUACCCGACUCACUAAUGAUCAAGGCCCGAUGGGAGCACUAUAAUAAGAUGAAAGAAGAUGACCCUAAUAACAUCGACUGUAGGCACCAGUCUCAGUUUCCAUCGUGGUUUAGAUCACGUAUUCGAGAGCUGCGUGCUAAUAGCCCAACUGAGGUAAUCGAUGAGAUAUAUGCAUUAGCAUGUGGUCCAGAUCCGUGUGUAGCGUCUUAUGCCGGAUGCAUCAUGAAUGGUGUUCGAUUUCAUACUCAAGAGCGUGAAAGGCAUCGGCGCACCCAAAACUGUGGGGUUGUUGUUCAUGGCGAGCAUCAGGGGUCCCUAGUUGACUUCUACGGUCUGUUGCAUGAUAUUAUAGAAAUACGCUACAUGGGUUGGCGUAAGGUUUAUCUAUUUCAAUGCACUUGGUAUGAUGUUGGGGACCCCAGAAGGGGGAUACGUGUAAGGGACCAUCUAACUUUAGUGAAUACUGGUAGGCAAUGGUAUAAAGAUGAGCCAUUCGCCCUUGCGAGCCAAGCGACGCAAGUCUUUUAUUUGCCUGAUCCGAUUUUGGGUGGAAGUUGGCAAGUAGUCCAAAAGGUUACAAGUAGGAAUGUUUACAACAUUCCUCCAGUUCUUAUGUCCCCAGAUGAUGAUGAUUCAGCAGGGGGUGAUUUUGAAGACGAGGAGCACUAUAUUCACUCCAACUAUCCCCCUGUCCAAGAUGCCGAUGCAGCCCUUGAACCCUUGAACCGAGUCGAUGAAGAGCAUUUGCCCGUAGACGUAGAACACCUCUCGCGUCUUCAACCGUCCCAACCAGUUGGUAAUGAUGAUUUCAUUGACCAUAGCCCAAUUCAUGAAGACAUGGGAAUGGAGGACAUAAGUGCCAACGAUAACUCUGAUUGCGAGACCAUGUAUCAUCUUAAUGGGGGGACAGAUGAUGAUGACGGUAAUCCAUAUUGUAUUGAGUUUGUUAGGAUUGCAAUUUCGAUUUUGAACACAUAUGCUAUGCAUUUCACAUAUGGAAGGUUUAACUUUUAUCAGUAA